AUGGGAAAAACACAAGUAUGGGAAAAACGCAAAUAUGGGAAAAACGCAAAUAUGGGGAAUACGCAAAUAUGGGGAAAACGCAAAUAUGGGGAAAACGCAAAUAUGGGGAAAACGCAAAUGUGGGGAAAACGGAAAUAUGGGGAAAACGCUAAAAUAGGGAAAACAGAAAUAUGGGGAAAACGCAAAUAUGGAGAAAAUGCAAAUAUGGGAAAAACCCAAGUAUGGGGAAAACGCAAAUAUGGGAAAAAUGCAAAUAUGGGAAACGCAAAUAUGGGAAAAACGCAAAUAUGGGAAAAACGCAAGUAUGGGAAAAACGCAAAUAUUGGAAAAACGCAAGUAUGGGAAUAA